AUGGCAGAUCACAGCCAGAGCGGCGGCACUGCCGUCGACGCCCUGGUGGGCGAGGUCACGCCGCCGAACGACGCCGACAACGGGGCCGCGCCGUCGAAACCACCGCCGCGCAAACGUCGCCGCGUCGUCAUCUCGUGCCUCGACUGCCACAAGCGCAAGCAGAAGUGCGACCGCCAGCUGCCCUGCGCCAACUGCGUGUCGCGCGGCAAGGCCAACACCUGCCGCUACGAGACGGGCACGCCCCUGGUCCGCGACCAGCACCGCAAGGGCUCCGCCCACAGCAGCAGCAACUCCCACGAGCCCUCGCCGCCCGAGCACCACGCCGCCCACGAUGCCCUGCCCAUCAAGCCCGUCGACUUUGGCUACUCCAACACGGGCGCCGGCGCCUCGACGCUGGGCUUCAUCAAGAAGAUCGAGGGCGUCGGCGGCAGCGGCGAGCAGCCCAUGCCCACGGUCGGGAGCGAUGCCCAGGACGGCGAGCACUUUGGCUCCCGGGAGCGGUACAAGAGCCUCGUGCGCCACCUGCCCGCGCGGACCUUUGUCGAGAAGCUGGUCGCCAUAUACAUGAAGGAGUUCAACUGGAUGUACUACGGCUUCUGCGAGGCCGAGUUCAUGGAGCAGCUCGACCAGUGGUACCAGCUGCCCUUCCAUCUCCUGUCCAACGCCGGCCCCCAGGGCAUAGAGCCGACGCUUCGGUCCUUUCCGGCCCUGGUGUUUCAGAUCCUGGCCUCGGCCCUGCUGACCAUACCGGACGAGGACGACGAGAACUUUGUCUCGCUCAAGUAUGCCGGCAACAUGACGUUCGAGGACCUAGCUUCCGAGUAUAGCGAGACGGGUGUUGCCAUACUAAGCCUGCUGGGAAAGCGGCAGAUGACGGUGUCCACGGUGCUGGCCGGUUGGGUGCGGGCCGCCUUUCUCAAGUUUACCGGCCAGGUCACCGAAGCAUGGCAUCAGGUGGGCACCUCGAUUCGCGAUGCGCAAGAGAUCGGGUUGCACCGCGACCAGUUCGACCCGCAACCGAGUGCGAACAGCAACACGGAGGCGGCGCUCGAAGCCAUGUGGUCGGCGCAGACUCGCAGGAGGAUAUGGUACAUACUUGUGAGCUGGGAUCUGCAUACGGGCGCCGUGCUCGGGCGGCCGACCAGCGUCGACUUCCGCGUGCUGAGGCGGACGGAACCCGUCGACGCCCCAAUACCCAAAGACCGGAGGAAAACGCCCGUGUUUCCUCGCAGCGAGCAGGACCCCCCAACGCCUCUGACCCGGUCACUCUGGGCCUUUGAGGCCAUGCGCCCCCUGCGCGACAUCUUGGAUCUGGAGAAGGAGGGGCCGUUUCCCAAGGACUUUUCCAGAGUUACAAAGCUGCACCAGGAGCUACUCGACCUUCAGGAGCGCACACCUCCUUAUUUCCGCCUCGAGAAUCCGGACACCCAGUUCGAUCACCUGCCAGAGUGCUGGUGGCUGCCAUUGGUCCGCCCGGCGCUGCCUCAGCUUAUAUCAUUCAAUUUGAUGGCCCUGCACCGGCCCUACAUUUUCACGCGGGCCAGCAGUCGGCAUGAGGCCCUCAAGGCCAGCCUCGAUAUGCUGGAGGCGCAGAGGAGCCAGUUCAGGGCUCUCGAUCCACAGCAGUACAAGACUUUCAGUCUGUUCUUCGGCACGUUUGAUGCCAUUGUGAUGAUGGCGAGCAUCUACAUCCUGUUCCCCAAGGAACACCCCGACCUUCUCGCCGACGCACUGCAGCAUUUCUCCUGGGGCGUCGAGCGGUUCGAGGCCAUGGCCGACCGCAACCGAUUGGCGGCUGCUGCAUUGGGCGUCCUGAACGCCAUUUACAUCCGCCUGAAGAAGGCCAUGGGCUGCGGCUUCCUCGUCAGCCGGUUCUGGCCCCCUAAUUUCAAGUGCCCCAACCAAGGUCCAGAUCAGUGUCCGCACCGGUAUCCACAGGCGCCGGGGAACGGAACCGGCGCGGCCAACACCACCACCGGCUCCGAGACGUCGCCCGACGCAGAGCCAUCGGAGCGUUCCUCGUCUAACCAGCAGCAUCCGUCAAUACCCUCCGCCUCUGCAUCAGCCUCGGCCUCGGGCUCCUCCGUGCCAGCGGACCAGGGCACAGGCACCAACACCCUGAGCUCCGGACUGACCCCCGGAGCCGACAUGUUUGCCACUCCCGACUGGUCCUUCCCCACGGACUUCGAUUUCAGCUCCCUCCCGCCCAUGUAUCCUAUGGGCGACGUGGCGUACAACGACCUCACGGGCAUCAGGGACGACGGCUACACGACGACGGCCAUGACGGGUGGGGCAUUGGCGGCCGGCGGUCAAUGGCCGGGCACCACUGCCGCAGACGGAAUGUCCACCAUGGGAGCGGUGGCCGGCAUGGGCGGUCUGGACGGCCAGGGCAAUCCGGAAGAGGUGCCCUGGGCGUUCGGGGGCGAGUUUGGGAACGACACGAUAUGGAACCUAUUAAACCAGUUUCCGCCGCACUGA